AUGUCAAUACUCGCACCAGCAGCCACUGCCUUAUCCGGGUUGGCCGACAGACCCGGCGGAGGGAGGCACUGGGAAGAUCAGUUGAAAGAGUCGCGCGAUCUGUACACGCAGUUCGUUAUCAGCUCGGCGCUGGGCCUGAGCGCCUUUCUCGCAUUCUGUAUCUUGCGACCAAAAUGGACCGAAUUGUACGCCGCGCGACGCAGACAAAGAAACGCCGCUUCCCGUCUACCGGAGCUUCCUAAUUCCCUUUUCGGCUGGAUUCCUGUUCUUCAUCGAAUCACUGAGGAGGAGGUACUGCAGUCUGCAGGCCUGGAUGCUUAUGUGUUUCUGUCUUUCUUCAAAUUUGCGAUUCGAUUCCUCCUCGCCGUCUUCAUCUUUGCCGUCGCGAUCAUUCUCCCCCUACACUACAAAUACACCGGUCAAUAUGGAGUUCCUGGAUGGGACAACCUUCCUGGCAAUGACACCAUGAUACAAGAGAAGGACAAACCAGUCACCGAUCCCGGGUACCUGUGGAUUUACGUUCUAUUUGCAUAUGUCUUUAGCGGAUUGGCCAUCUACAUGCUUCUCCAGGAAACCAACACCAUCAUCCGCACUCGUCAAACCUACCUCGGAAACCAGACCAGUACGACCGACCGCACAAUCCGUCUCUCGGGCAUUCCGAACGACCUUGGUACCGAGGAACAGAUUAAAGACUUUAUCGAAGGUCUGCGCGUUGGCAAAGUCGAAAGUAUCACUGUGUGCCGCAAAUGGCGCGAGUUGGACGAGUUGAUCGAUGAGAGAAUGAAGCUUAUUCGUGAACUCGAGAGAGCUUGGACGAAACAUUUGGGGUACAAGCGUCCGAAGAGAGACGGGGAUAGCUUGCCGCUGACCAACCCUCACUCUGAGGAUGAGGAUCAUGAACGCUCUGGUCUGUUAUCUGGAAGCGAUAAUGACCACGUCAAUGAUUAUUCGAGCGAGAGACCCAAGUUCCGCUUGUGGUACGGUCCAUUCAAGCUUCGGCAUCGCAUGAUCGACGCAAUCGAUUAUUUCGAGGAGAAGCUGCGAAGAAUCGACGACCAUAUCCAAAGCGCCCGCGAGAAAGAGUACCCCUCCACCGAGAUCGCGUUUGUGACUAUGGAGUCCAUUGCUGCGUCUCAAAUGCUCGUUCAGGCGAUUCUCGAUCCCCACCCAACGCAGAUGUUUGCUCGGCUUGCUCCUGCACCGGCGGAUGUCAUCUGGAAGAAUACCUAUCUGUCUCGCUCGCGUCGGAUGACUCAAUCGUGGUCUAUCACCAUCGCUAUUGGAUUCCUCACUGUGUUCUGGUCGGUGCUUUUGGUUCCGAUCGCCUCAUUGCUUGACCUGGAAACCAUCCGCAAACUUGUGCCCCAGUUUGCGGAGUUCCUUGAGGAACAUAAGAUUUUGACGUCUUUGGUCCAAACUGGUUUGCCUACUCUGGCGUUCUCGCUCUUGACCGUUGCUGUUCCUUAUGUGUAUGAAUGGCUCUCAAACAACCAGGGAAUGGUUUCACGCGGCGAUGUUGAACUGUCUGUUAUCUCCAAGAACUUUUUCUUCUCGUUCUUCAACCUGUUCCUCCUCUUCACUGUGUUUGGAACAGCCAGUGGUUUCUAUGGUUUCUGGGAAAAUCUCCGGGAUGCAUUCAAAGAUUCCACUACGAUUGCAUUUGCUUUAGCAAAAUCUCUUGAAGGUCUCGCCCCAUUUUACAUCAAUCUGUUGAUUCUUCAAGGCUUGGGCCUCUUCCCGUUCCGACUGCUCGAGUUUGGGAGCGUGGCACUCUACCCCUUCCAGUUCCUGUCCGCUCGCACGCCCCGGGAGUAUGCUGAAUUGGCGACGCCUCCCAAGUUCAGCUACGGUUUCUCAAUCCCGCAGACCAUCCUAGUCUUGGUCAUCUGUGUGGUGUACAGUGUCUUCCCCAGCUCAUGGCUGAUCUGCCUCUUCGGCCUCAUCUACUUCACGAUUGGCAAAUUCAUCUACAAAUACCAACUGCUAUACGCCAUGGACCACCAGCAGCACUCAACAGGCCGUGCCUGGCCGAUGAUUUGCAACCGCGUGUUCGUUGGACUUCUCAUCCAUCAACUGGCCAUGAUUGGCGUCUUGGCCCUCCGCCGAGCCAUCACCCGGUCGCUUCUCCUCGUGCCUUUGCUAGGUUUCACUGUCUGGUUCUCUUAUUGGUUCGGUCGGACCUACGAGCCUCUGAUGAAAUUCAUCGCUCUCAAGAGCAUCAACCGAGACCAACCGGGUGGUGGCGACCUCUCCCCCUCGCCUUCCUCCACGUUCUCACCGCCGUCCGGCCUCGAUCGUGACAGCCUGCCAAUCCGGAUCGGUGGCCAAGAUCUCGAGUUGCGGCUGAGGAAGUACGUCAACCCGAGCCUGAUCGUUCCCCUGCAUGAUGCCUGGCUUCCCGGUCGCACGCCCACUCGAGGCAACGGUGCAUCAGCCUUUGUGGCUCACCAAACGCCCAACGUUUGA